GCCAUUUACCGGACCGCCAAAACCGGACGAACAGCACCAGGGAAUGGGGAGAACGAUCUGGCGGGGAUCAUGUUGACGAGGUCUCCCGCCGCACCACAUCCGCGCUCGUCCAAUGCGUCGCCCAGUUUCCACCACACCUUCCACUAUGCGCCCGCAAGCGCCGCCGCACCCGCACCCUCCCCCCCGUCACGACUCUCCGUCCCCGUCCCACUCCUCGCCAAGCCCCGACACCCCUCGUUGUCCUCGUCGCCGUCCCCAGCCCUGCCUGCUUCGGGGCCACUGAGCCGCACCGACGCCCCCUCUCCGGCUGCGUCCCCCGCCGCGGCCCCGAAGCGCUAUGUCGCUGUCGAUGCCGGUACACAGUAUUCUCCUAUGGAGCCGAUCAACUACUUGGCAACUUUACAUGCGAAACAGAACCUGCACAUAAUACCCGACGAGCUUCCCCCGACUCCGGGCCCGAAGCCCAUGACGCCGGGCGUAGAGCAGGGCGCUGCUGCUGCUGCUGCUGCUGCUGCCGCCACCGCCUCAGCUUCAGCUCAACAGCCCCCGCCAUCGGCAUCAUCGGGCCCGGUCCCUAACAUGGCCGUGACCGUAGAGCCCAAGGCCGUGACGUCCCCCGCCAUCAAGAGGCGGAAUUCCCAGGCCGUCGCCGCAAAUAGCGGGGAUGCGGCCGCUCAGGCCCAAAAUAUUCCACAAAAACGUGCAAAGCCGAUGAGACCUCCACCAAAGGUCCUGCCACAACGAUAUGAACUGUGUCAAGUCGAGGACAUAGUUGUCUUGAUAGCACACAUGCUUGGCGAGCUGAUCGAGACCAAUGAUGCACUGGCUCUCAAGUCGGGUCACUUGACAAGAUUUCAUUCACGAACCGCACCUGGUAUAUCGGUAUUGGAAUACCUCCACCGUCUCGCCAAGCACGCGACGCUGUCUCCGCCUCUCCUCCUCUCCAUGGUCUAUUAUAUUGACCGCCUGUGCGCCCUAUAUCCCGACUUCACCAUCAACACGCUCACGGUGCAUCGUUUCCUCAUCACAGCAGCAACGGUUGCCGCGAAAGGUCUGUCUGAUCUUUUCUGGAACAACACCACGUAUGCCCGCGUAGGCGGCGUCCGCGUGGCUGAGCUCAAACUAUUGGAGCUCGAGUUCCUGUACCGGGUGGACUGGAAGAUUGUCCCCAACCCGGACGUCCUCGUUGCGUACUAUAAAGGGCUGGUGGAACGCUGCCCGGGAUAUGUAUUACAGGGCGGCGAAGGGGAUCAGCAAACUGGCGCUCAAGUGGAUGAUGAAAUAGAAGACUAUGAUGAUGAAUUGGACGACGACGACGACGAAGAAGAAGAUGAAGAAGUCGACGAUGACGACGCGAGCUCCGAGGACGACGGCGCCAAGAAUGGCAGGUAA